AUGGAGCGACAGGACAAUGGUGACUCGACGCGAGCCGAUAAUGCCGGAGUCGCGGAAGCUAAUGAUAACUUCGAUCUCGACGACCUUUUGCCAAUUGUUGGCGAGUUUGGUCGUUAUCAGAAGCAGUUGCUAUGGUUGGUCUGCUUGCCGGCGUGUUUGCCGUGCGGUUUUUGUGCCUUUAAUCAAUUGUUCAUGGCAGACACGCCGUUGCAUUGGUGCAAGGUACCGGGUUUGGAAAACAUGGACAUUGCUCGCAGAAAACGCCUCGCCAUUCCUGCGAGCCAGGACGACAAUGAGACGUACAGCCAGUGCAUGAGAUAUGAUAUCGACUGGACAACGAUGGAGAAUUACUCUGUCGUGGCGACAUACUUGCCUAACGCGUCGUGGUCUGUCAUACCUUGCGAUCACGGCUGGGAAUAUGAAACUUCGGAGAUAACAUCGUCCAUCGUCAUCGAUUUUAAUCUCGUGUGCGAUCUUGCGAUCUAUCCAACAAUUGGUUUGGUAGUUCUUAAUGCAGGAGGCCCUAUAGGAGUGUAUCUGUUCGGUACAUUAAAUGACAGAAUCGGUCGCAGGUUAUCAUUCUUUACGUGUUUGGCGACAUUAAUAAUCGGUGGUUUUUUAACGGCAAUUUCGAACAAUUUUUGGACUUGGGCUUCUACACGCUUUAUCGUUGGUUUGACAAUACCAGCGAUUUACCAGAUACCGUUUAUUAUAUCUUUGGAGCUGGUCGGCCCAAAUUAUCGUUCAUUCGUAACGGUUAUGACUUGUACUUUCUAUACUUUGGGUCUUUGUAUGCUGGCAGGUGUCACUUAUUUAAUACGCGAUUGGCGAACGCUCGCUAUGACCACAAGCAUGCCUUUUUUGAUGUACUUUUUUUAUUGGUGGUUCUUACCGGAAUCACCGCGAUGGUUAUUAGCGAAAGGUCGUCUAAGCGAGGCUAAUGAUAUUCUUGAGACUUUGGCCCAUGUAAAUGGUAAAAAACUUCCGACAUCGUUCACGCAAAAACUCCGUCAGCGUAUGAUGAUGUCGAGAUCGAACAGCGAGGAGGAGAGAUUGCGAACGGGUCCUGGUGUACUCUCGCUUUUUAAAUUGCCAAAUAUGCGUCUCAAAACGUGUCUUAUUACUUUAAAUUGGUUCGCCAAUAAUAUGGUGUAUGUUGGUCUUUCUUAUUACGGCCCGGCUUUGGGAAAUGAAGAACAUUUGAGUUUUCUGUUUUCUUCCCUUGCCGAGAUUCCCAGUUACAUCGCUUGUUGGGUUGUAAUGGAUCGAUGGGGCCGUCGAUGGCCGCUUUGCUUGUGCAUGGUCGUAGCUGGGGUAUCGUGCAUUACAACAGUGCUGUUAUCGUCCGAUGCUGUUAUGGAGACAUUAAUACUAUUUCUCAUAUCAAAAUCCGCGAUAUCGGCGUCAUUUUUAAUUAUUUAUCCUUUCGCCGGAGAACUCUAUCCCACGCAGUUACGAGGAGUUGCCAUUGGCUUCUCCGCAUAUAUUAGCGGCCUUGGACUCAUCAUUAUACCUUUCGUAACAUAUCUCGGGAAAGAAAACCUUGUGUUGCCUUUAGUCAUAUUGGGAACAAUCUCGAUAAUUGGUGGCUUGUCCGGACUGCGAUUACCGGAAACAUUACAUCACCGUCUACCACAAACGGUUGAAGAAGGAGAAUUAUUUGGCAAAGAUUGGACAUGCGCGGAUUGUAUCCGUUGUGUUCCAGCAAAACCAUCAUCGAUCGCGGCUUCUUACGAGGAUUUGUCGACGCGAGAGACAGUAGAGAUGCAGGAAGUACCCAAAGUGUUGUUUACUUCAUCCAGUUUGGAAGAACAUCAACGGCCGAGCACGACAAGUAUUCGCCGUUUGGUUCGCCAAUCCAGUGUGAUGGAUACUCAACGCGAUUCUGACGGAACUAUGAAGAUGACUUAUUGGUUUUAGUUCUAGUCAAAACUCUUUGAACCAAAUGCUCUUCUAGUCAAAAUAAAGUGGAACUUUUUCCAA